AUGGGAGGAUACAGAUAGUAAUUCAUUUAAGGAAUAUUAGGAAAUGGGAAAGGUAUUCUAAGCUGAAGAAAAAGUAUAGAGUACAAAGCAAAUCGUAAGAAAAAAAAAUUAUGAUAGGAAUUAUUCGUCAUUUAAAGUAGAAUAAGAAAAGAUAUAGAAAUUGACUUUUUGUCCUAUUACAUACAUAUUAUAAAUUGAUAAUAAAAAUUGUUUAAUAAAGUCUUAAAUUCAACAUUUGAAUAUUAAAAGGCUAGCUAUUUAGAAACCAUAUAUGAAAAAAAUUGUAUUAUUAACAUGUUAAAUUGGAACUGCUCUAAAAACUCUAUUUAAUUAAAAUCACUACAUUCAUUAAAAGCCAACUAUAGAAGAUUUGCUACUCUAUGUUAAAGAAUAAUAAAAUGGUAGAAUUUUUCCAUUGAUUAAUGAAUUUAGUUAGUUCAUCUAUAGUUCUAUAGUGGUUAAAUAAUUUUUUAAGAGUCAAUACACCUGGAUUGGGAUAUUAGGAUACUAUUAAUACAAUUAAAGCACAUUUAUAUUAAUUAGAAAAUAUUGGUAUCUCUAUUAUUUAUAUUAAUAUAUUAAAAAUCCUUUAUUAAAACAAGCAGUUAUUCUAGAUUCCUAGGAUGUAAUAGAGGCCUGACUCAAAGAAGUAAGAGUAUAAACUGAGAUUCAAGGGCCCUAAUUGGCCACCGAAGUGUCUAAAGGAAAGGACAAUCUGUUCUCUCUCCUUUAAAUAAUUGUGGACUACUAACUGUCGAGUUUUGAGAAUUUAGACAAGUUUUAGGAAUAAGGAAGAAUAACUAAGACAUAGGGAUUGUAAUAAUCUUUAAAUUCCUCUCUCCAUUUUCGAAAGCUCUGA